AUUGAGAGAGUGGCGCACGCACGUGAUGUGCAUAUGACAAAUGACAAUAUUGCAACAGGUGACCGAGGAUGGGUAAAAUCACAGUGGUUCUGUGACUGUGAUUGUGAGCGUACAGUUUCUGUCAAACAGGAAUAAAUUGCGUUCUGCUGGUACCUGUUUUUCACUUUUCACGACAUGGGUUCAGCUUCUUAUCAAUAUUUUUGUUGUGUAUUCCUUCUUGCCUUAUCUAUAAACGAAGUAUUUGGAUAUUUUAAUCCCAAAGCUCAUUUCCCUCGACAGCCCGUAUCGACGACAAGCCGGACCGCGAAGAAAUCAGAAUGUAAAUAUUGUACAUAUGAAACCAAGUAUUUUGAUCAAAAGCUGGACCACUUUAGUUAUGAGAGAAAAGAAACAUUUAAGCAAAGAUAUCUUGUAAGUGAUAAAUACUGGGAACCAGGAGGACCAAUAUUAUUUUAUUGUGGCAAUGAAGGGGAUAUCACAUGGUUUUGUAAUAAUACAGGUUUCAUGUGGGAUAUUGCUGAGGAAUUUAAUGCAAUGUUAGUUUUUGGUGAACACAGAUUCUAUGGGGAGUCACUUCCAUUUGGUGAUACAUCAUACAAGAGUCCCAGUCAUUUGGGAUUCUUGUCAUCAGAACAGGCCCUUGCUGACUUUGCCACAAUGAUACAGCAUAUCAAGAAAACACGUGAUGGUACAAAGAAAAGUCCUGUAAUUGCGUUAGGUGGAUCAUAUGGAGGCAUGUUGGCUGCUUGGUUUAGGAUGAAAUUUCCAAAUGUCAUAGCUGGUGCAAUUGCGUCAUCAGCUCCAAUUCUUCAGUUCCAGAAUAUCACUCCUUGUGAGACUUUUUAUAAAAUUGUUUCGGAUGAUUUUGCAAGAGAGGGUGAAACAUGUUUUAACUUGAUUAAGAAAUCUUGGAGUAUCGUUUUUGAUGAUGGUGAAUCAAGCUCCGGUAGAGAAAAGUUGAGCGAUAUUUUUAACUUGUGCAAACCAUUAAAAACCCAGAAGGAUGUUUAUAAAUUUCGUGAUUGGUUGAGCGAGACGUGGGUGAACUUAGCCAUGGUUAACUAUCCAUACCCAGCCUCCUUCCUUGAACCACUUCCAGCUUGGCCUAUUAAGGCUGUUUGCAAAAAACUAACAGAUGAUAAACUCACGGGGGACGCAUUACUAAAAGCAGUGUUCGAUGCUGUUUCUGUUUACUACAAUUACACCGGUGGCGCCAAGUGUUUUGAUAUUGAACAACAAGCUACUAAAGAUUUGGGAGAUAAAGGAUGGAGUUUUCAAGCUUGUACUGAGAUGGUUAUGCCACUUUGUGCUGAUGGAAAAGACGACAUGUUUUAUCCUUUCAAAUGGGAUUUUUCAGCUUAUGCCAAAGGAUGCGACCAGUGGUGGGGUGUGAUGCCAAGACAAUUUUGGGCUGAAGUACAAUAUGGUGGAAGGAAGAUCUCGUCCCACAGUAAUAUUGUUUUCAGCAACGGUGAUCUAGAUCCUUGGUCUGGUGGAGGAGUGACUAAAAGUAUCUCAGAAUCAUUAGUUGCUGUUAUGAUUAAAGGUGGUGCUCAUCAUCUUGAUUUACGUCACAAAAAUAAGGAUGAUCCUCAGUCUGUGAUUGAUGCCAGGAACCUAGAGAAGAAAUAUAUGAAAAAAUGGAUUGUACAGUGGAAGAAAACAAAAUCCAAUACAAUUGUUAGAGCAUAGUUGAUAUAUAUUCCUCCCUCCAAUUAUUAAAGGUAGAAUUUAAAUUACUUGGGUAACAAGAUUAGGUAAAAUUUGUAGCUUUAAAUUUGACUACCGAUGAGGUUCAUUUUAUUGUAAUUACAUGGGCAAAAUCUUUUAAAUUGCAGUUGACCUGCAGAAUUUUAAUAGUAGAAAUGAGUUUUUUCUUUUUAAAAUUUUUGAUAGUAAAUUAGAAGUAGAAAGAAGCAUUGAUAAAGCCUGAUACGGUACCAUGCAAUUUCCAAACCACUAAAGAACAAUUGUAUGCAGUUUUCUAUAGUGAGGUACUGAGGGUUGUUUGUUGUAAAACAUCAACAAAUUUUACAUUAUAUUAGUGGCUAUGAGAGAUUAAUACAUCCUCUUCAAACAUCCUCACUUUUUGCCACCCAUCAAAUAAAUGCAAUCUUUUGUUUUUUGAAUCUUGAUAAGUGCAACCA